CUUCAAGAUAAGGCCUUGGGAGCUAUUGGAACAGUUGCAGCCAUCUUGCAGGACAGAAAAGAGAAUUUAGAUGCGACUUCAGACCUUCCUCUGCAGGGCCAUCAUUUUCAAUUACCAAAGAAUUCAUAUUGAGAUUCAACCACACAGAGAAUCCAGCAGAGGAGGAAGAACUGUUGGAACAAGCCAGGAGACUCAUUGUCAGGGCUAAGAGGAAGUUGGGCCUCAAGACCCUGGGCUCUGGGAAGCACGUGCAUCUUUCGACUGCAUGGGCCGAGGUCAUCUAUCUGGCUCAGUGCAAAGGGGAAAUCCAAGAUGAAGCUUUAAAUAUGCUCUACACCUCCUUGGACCAUGUCUCCUUUGAUCAUGAUCAGCUUCCUGCCCUGUUUUUUCUUGCGGAAUCAGUUUUAUAUCGACUCUGUUGCGAUGCAUUCAUGAAGGGAUAUUUAUAUUUAGUUGAGAUAAAACUGGUGAAGAUUGGCUAUUUGAUCUUCUUACGACUUUUUGUAUUUUUCCUGCAUGGUCACUUAGAAAGCUUUAAACAACAUUUGCUUAGGCUGCAGCCAUAUUUAUACGCACUUCAUUUCUCGGAACCAUCCUACUACAAGUAUCCAAAUAUCAUCUCCAACGUGCAGUUCAUCCUGAAAACAUCGGAAAUUAUCUGUAAAAGAGAGCUCCAUUCUGAACCAUUUGUGGAAAGCUCAGAUGAAAUUGAGGAUCCAUAUUCUGAUCUGAAGCACGUGCAGCUGAAUAAGAGGGCCUACAAAGUCAACCACUUGCUCUGGCACAGCGUGGCUGCCUGGUCCUGCCUUCAGAACAAUCGUCCUCAGCUGAACAAAGCACUCGAACACCUCUUCUUCUACAAAACGCAGCUUCAGAGGAAAUGCUGGUUGGAUUCAGUCCUGGCUUUGAUGGUCCUGGGGGAAGCUGCUAAGCUGAAUAUGACCUGCUUGAAAAUACUGAUGGACUUAGUGACAGACUUCCUUGUGAACAUCUUGUCUGCUCAGAACCAGGAAGAGAACUAUAAUAUAUAUGAUACUUCCUGGGCCUCUGAGAUUAUCUUCACAUAUACAACAAUUAUUGCGGAAGUCUGUCUGUAUGCAGCUACCUCUGACCUGAGGAAAACGGCUUUGAUUGGGUUCUGUACCUGUAAAAGUCCGCAGCAAGAUAUUUUCCUCACAGACAAGUCUGAAGAGCUGCCGGAAUUGGAUGGAGCAAGCAUUGUAACUCUCCUGAAGUAUUUCUCCUCCAGAAUCUCUGAUAAUUGUGAGAAGGUGAUCUGGAUUGGAUACUAUGGCAUAGUGUAUAACCUGGUGAAGAUGUCACGGGAACUUCAGGGUGAUGAGGAUCAGGAUGGACUUAGAAACAUGAUAUGGCAAACACUGCAAAAGAUAAAGGAUUAUGAGGUAGACCCACGAAUCCAAUGCGCAUUAGUUAUAGCCCAGGCCGAAUUAAAUGACCCAGCUGACCCUUUCCGCACAAAGGCCACACCAAACUCAGGAGAAGAAGUUUUCUCCAAGUACAUCGGGUGGAGAAUCGCUACUACUCUCUCCAGACUCUUCUUCCCCUCCCUCGAUGCUGCCCCUCCAAAGACGCCAGUGGAAAUCGACCUGCCAAGAAAACACACCACCAGAGAACGGCAGCUCCCCCAAAAGAGAGUUCUGCGCUUUAUCUUAAAGGAUCAUUCUUCUGUGGUAGAAGUUUCCAUGACUCCGUAUCCAAAUUUCUUCACCAAGGCAGAUAAGAAAUUGGAAGAAAUCAUCGACCAUCAUUGGCAGAAAGAAAUGGAGGCCCGAAAGCAAGAAGAGGCAGCAUAUUGGGCCCAAAAUCAGAAGAAAAAGAAGGAAAAGGAGAAGAUUCACUUUCAAGAAAUUAUGAAGCAAAGAGAAAGGAAACUGAACAAACAAACCAAACCCUAUGAAAUAAUUCUGUCAGAAAAAGAAAGUGGCCCAGAAAAGAAAUGUGGGUUCUUCGAGCUGGAACCCAGCACCACCGCGCCAAACGCUAAGUGAAACUGGGUGUAGAAGAGCUUUCUUAGAGUCAGCCUGCAGCUAUUUUUAAAAAGGAGUCGCUAUCUUGACACCCAUUCGUAGUCACAGCAUAGUCUUAAAUUAGUAGUCAACUCUCCUUCACGUUAGGUGAAGUGGUUUUGCCAGCUAUACCCAUUCUUCCCUCAGUGGCUCGCCCCUUGUUUGAGGAUCGCUCUUUCAACCACUCUCAGGUCUGAUAUUCUCUGCACUGCGAGAAGAAUGUGAAAUGAAGCCUGAUCAACAGGUCAGAACAUGAGGGGGUGGUAAGAAUUUUUCUUUAGGGUGUAAAUGAACAUGGGAUUGAGUCCCUAGAAUCACUUCUAUUUGAAUAAAGAAAUUAGGAUGGCCCUGGA